CAGCAUGCUUGUGAAUGGUCUUCACAGGCUGGAAACUUCCAAAUGUGAAACAUUCCAUUGCAGUAAAUGUGUACUAUGAACUGAAAGAGUGAUUGCACUGCAAUAACCUCUUGUUAGCUUGGAACCUUCCGGACCCGCCUUCUUGGCAUGAAGGCAUGAGCAGGGUUGACAAGGUCUAUCGAAGCAUCGUCCUUACCACCUUCUUUAAUCGAGGAUGGGGAAAACCUGAAAACUUGAAAAGGAUAUUUGAGUUCCGGAGGCACCUCUCAGAUCGAGAGAUCUGCAAGCACCUCAUUUCACCUUAUCAUCCUAUCCACAUCAAGAAGGUGGAGAAGACCACAGACUAUGUGUUGAUUGAUGGCCAAUUCACAUCCCCAUUUGUCCAGUAUAUGGGUGAUGUUCUUCCAUUAGAGUGUCACACAGCACACUUCCAACUCCUUGCACCAGCCUCAUGGCCAAAAGCUUCAAAGCUUACACCCCUUUGCAUACACUUGGCUGGAACUGGAGACCAUUUUUUUUGGAGGAGGAGGACCCUGAUGGCACGACCUCUCCUAAAAGAUUCAGGGAUUGCAUCCAUAAUUCUGGAAAAUCCUUUCUAUGGUCUCCGGAAGCCAGCAGGUCAAGUGCGAAGCAGUCUAAACAAUGUGUCAGACAUAUUCCUCAUGGGAGGCUGUCUGAUGAUGGAAUGUCAUGCACUCCUACACUGGGCUGAGAGACAUGGCUUUGGGCCUCUUGCACUUACUGGGAUUUCUAUGGGUGGCCAUAUGGCAUCAAUAGCUGCAUGUAAUUGGCCAAAACCUGUGGCUCUUGUUCCUUGCUUGUCCUGGUCCAGUGCCUCAGGAGUAUUUACAGAGGGAGUGAUGAGUGAUUCUGUGAACUGGGCUCUCCUGGAAAACCAGUAUUUGCAGGAGUACAGUUAUCGCCAUGAGCUCAUGAAAAUGGUCAAUCCUGCAGGUUCUGGUGAUUCAGAUGCAGCAUUUGAAGCUGGUCGUCAUUUUGCCCAGAACUUUCCUUCUAGUCUAGGUCACAUUGAAUCAGUGUCUCGAAUAAUUCAAGUAGAGGAAGAGAAAGAAGGUAAAAUCAAAGUUGGAGAAAAACUGGAGACUCAAGAAAAGCCUGUGGUGGAAGAGAAAAAGUCUCAAGAACGAUCUGUCUUGAAUCUCUUGUCAAAGAUGCCACUAGUGCAGAAGACAGUGGCAUCACCCUUAGGUGGUUCAUCUCUUACCUCUGGACUCAACUUGAACCUCAGGUUCAGUGCAUCUAAAUCUAAGAUCACCAACAUGAAACCAGAAAGAUCCAAGACUGAGAAAGAUAAACUACACUCUGAGGCCCUACAAUUUAUGAAGGGGAUUAUGGAUGAAUGUACAUUCCUGGGAAACUUUGCUCAGCCAGUGGAUCCAAGCUUAAUUAUUUCAGUCAUUGCAAAAGAUGAUGCCUAUGUUCCUCGAGGUCAUCUCCCCGGUCUUCCUGAGCUCUGGCCAGGAAUGGAGGUGCGCUACAUUGAUACAGGGCAUGUCACUGCCUUUGUCUUCCGAAUGGACCACUUCAGGAAAGCCAUUUUGGAUGCAUUGGAAAAGAGUGCAGACAAGUACUACAGCUGAGGAUAGUGUCAUAACAGAGUUCCCCACAAAAAUUUCUCAAAGCAAACAAACUAGUGGUGGAAGUUUGUAGAGUUUGAGAAGAGAGCAGGAUUUUAACUGUAUCUUUGCUACUCCUAGCUCUACUCAGAUGGUUUUGUUUCAAUGCUCAUGAAAAAGUUGGAGAGGGAGUAAGAUAGGUUGUUCCAGGUGAGCUACCAACUUUAAGACAGAUGGUAAUGCGUGUGAGGAGUAGGGGGUCAAACAAAGGUAAAGUGAAUCUGCAGUUGAGGAAAACCUUGAGGCUGCAUGCACACUUUGUGGGGAACUCUGUCUACAAGAUCAUCAUUUCCUGUGAUAUUGAUUUAGUGCAAUUCAGAAUCAAUGUGCCUUUCAGGUUUUUUUUUUUUGUAGAUUGUGACCAUAUUACUGUGUGCACCAUGGAUAUCUUUAUGACUCUAAAAAAUUAUAUCUGCUUG